AUGGAAAAUUAUUUAUUAUGCAUUUGUGAAUAAAAGCAGUGAUAUAAGGCAGAAUGCAAAAUAAUUGGAGUUAUGCGUGAUAUUGAUAUUGCAGAUGUGGAGGAUGAUUUCCCCAGUGUCCUUGUUGAGGGCGCUAUGCUGCUUGCUGUUGAUGCCAGGUUUGCAGGAAGCAACAUCUCUGGUGAAAGUGAAGAAUCCCAGAGGAAAUCCUUUUAGCAUUGGCUCGGCUCAGGCACAUGAUUUCUUGACUAAUUCUCGACCUAAGAGGAAUGUUGACCCAAAGUGGUACAGAGGCACUCCUGAUUUUCAGUCUUACUACCGCUUCUACAACAGUAUUGGACACAUUGAAGGACUCUAUGAGAUUGACAGGAUCCGGAUGUUGUAUCAGCAGAUGCGUCACUUGGAGGUGACCUAUGGCCCAGAUGCCUCCACUUACCAAAAUGUCAUGGGGGUACUGACUACCACUGCAGCGCCAACUACUACCACUCAGCCUCCUCCACCGCCCACCACUCCUGCUCCUACACCAGAUCCUCUGGAGAAGGCUCAGAGGGUGUAUCUGUGUAACCCCAAAGAUCCACUGUGCAAACCUCAGAUCGUCUACCUGCCAACAGGGGCUGUUCCAGUGCUGUGUGACCCACGACUCAACCCCGCCUGCAGGACGAAAACAGAGGAAGAGAUAAAAGCUGCUGCUCCUCCCCAACCACCCCCAGCUCCUGCUGCUCCCAAAAUGUCUGUCCCACCUCCCCCUCCCACCAUCACUAUUAAAGGUAUGGAGUAUGACUGUGACCCAUACUGGGACCCUGACUGCCUCAUUGAUCACCCUCCCCACCCUAUCCAGGAAACAUCCGAACCAGACACACCUGCUGAAGAGAAAGAAAUGAAACAGGAAGUAGCAAAAGCUGAGCAAAGUGUCCCAGCAGCACCAGCCACCCAGAAAACCCCAGACCAUUACUUUGACCCUUAUGAUUUCAAACGUGACCUUUAUGACCCCUUUCUUUAUGCCCAUCCAGCUCCCGAGCAGUGAAAACAAAGUGCUUAAGAAACAGUAGCUUUCUAUGCAGGGCAAAAUAAAUCCACAAGACAGAGGCAGCACUGUCAGUGAAUCUACAUUAAGAACAAAGAGCAAAAUUAAAAUCAUGCAAAUCAUCAAAUGUGAAAUGUAAACAAUCCUUUUAUGACGAACCACACUAUGACUUUGCUGUUGUUUGUAUGGGUGUUUAU